AUCUUAUUUUUAUAUUCUUAUUUAGCUUCACUCUGAAUCAUACAGAACUAGGAAAUGUCCAUAUGCUCUUACUUGCAAGCUGUUUGCAAUACAGAUUUAGUGUUUACAGAUUGCUUUGUGGGAUUCGCAGGUUCUGUAAAUGAUUCCAGAAUAUUUAAAAAUUCAGAUUUAUGGAUGUCUCUGUACAAGAAAAUCGUGGAAAUUUUUUUCCAGGAAAUGAAUAUAUCAUUGAUGAUAAAGCUUAUCCAGUGCUGGCUUGGUGCAUUGCACCUUAUAUAAACAAAGGAAAUUUGACAGAAGCUCAAAUCAACUUUAAUAGGGAAUUGUCAAAAAUGAGACAAAUAAUAAAGAGAGCAUUUGCCUUACUAAAGAGAAGAUUCCGAAGAUUGAAAUAUCUGCAUAUGAGUGUAGCAGAUCUGAUUCCCUAUGUUAUAUUAGCUUGUUAUGUACUGCACAACUUAUGUCUUGCAGGAUGUAAUGAUAGAGUGGACGAUUUUAUUGAAGAAGGAAGACGGCAUGAUGAAAGAAAUGGUGGUGAACAGAAUCAACAGAAUCAAAAUAAACUUACGGAAGAAUUUAUCUUUAAUAAUGCUGUAGGUCCAGCGAAACAUAAUUAUUUAGCAGCAUUAAUAGGUCGAGUUAUGUACAAUUAUAUUCAAAUGCAGUUGCUUUAA